AUGUCACGAGUAUGGCGACCUGUCUUAGAAAAGCUGGGCCUUCAGCCGUUAGGUUCCCGCGACAAACAUGAAAAUUCGCUAAACAGCUUCGAAGCCCUACCUCUGUACUCUACCGUCAAUGCUGGAGAAGCCUCCUCCCCAACAACGACAGACCCCUUCAGUGAGAUCGGUAAUGACAUUCUGCAGAGCUGCACGAGCUCAGGCUAUGACGGUAGUCGGGUUCAACCACCGCCAUCUUCGUCCUCGCGGGGCCUUUUGCGACUUCCAACUCUAGCUCGAUUUCUGGCUGAUUUUACUCUCGGAUUCGCCGAUGGGUUGACGGUGCCAUUUGCCUUGACAGCGGGACUAUCGUCGCUCGGCCAUGCAGACACGGUCAUAUACGCCGGCAUGGCCGAGAUCUGCGCGGGGAGCAUCAGUAUGGGCAUCGGGGGCUACCUGUCCGCGCGCGGCGAGGUGGCGACGGCGGCGGCUGCAAAGGCCACCGAGGACAACAACAUUGACGAUGUCGCUGUCAUCCAGGAAGAGAAGUCCUUGUCGACGGACCGUGACAUUUCACAACUAGGAAACGGACAGUUCAAGCAGGAGGAAGCGAGUGAUGACGAGAGGUUGCCUUCACCCUUCAUGGCUGGUUUAUCUGUCGCACUUGGGUACCUUUUAGGUGGCCUGCUUCCCUUGUUCCCUUAUUUCUUAGUGGACCAAGUCAAGGAUGGCUUGUUGUGGAGCUUUGGGGUGUGUGCUGUAGCGCUAUUUGCGUUUGGCUUCUGCAAAGACUUUGUCUUGACUAGGGGCAACUCACGCCACGCGGUAGCGGCGGGCGAGCCGGAAAAGAAGAUGCGAUGGCGUGACAUAAGACGGAGCGCUUGGGAAGGCGCGCAAAUGGUGCUUCUGGGGAGUGUGGCGGCGCUAGCCGCGGUAUUAUGCGUAAGAGCCUUUGAGAGUCUCUCUGUAUCAGAGUAAUGGUAGGGCCAGAGUGGACAGCAAGACUAAGAAUAGACCGGAACAUGAAGUCAAACUUGAUUGUCUUG